UGACUUUCUUUGGAGGUGGAGGGUCGAUAAUAUCAUUGUCCAGUGCCGAAGAGUAGAGGAGUCCAAAGACCGACUGGUUCAGAUUGAGAGGAGACCCAAAAUUCUAUAUAGCAACAAUUUGAUCAAGUCCCACAGCCUUGGCUUCAAUGGUACGGUAGGUAUUUCACUGUCGAUGUCGCUGUUGUUAUCCCCACCGCAUUGGAUUCGUACUCAGCCGCAUGCGAUCAGUUUCAAAGACAACGGUUGGUGGGUGGGUACAGGACCCUAAAUAUGUAUAUUGCGUGAGUGAGAAAGUGCAAUUCCUUUUGUAUUCUGAGGGCGGUGGAUCAGUUUUGGGGUUUCGCAAUUGGAUUCCCGGGUUUUUCAUGGUCUUUUUUGAACUGGGUUUUUGUUAGUUUUUGCAAAUCUUUAAUGUUAAGCAUGGCGACCUCCAAUGGAUUUUGGACGAAGAAGACUUUGGUGGGUCUUGGGUUGGGCCAGUUUCUCUCUCUACUCAUCACUUCUACUGGCUUUUCCUCGUCCGAGCUCGCAAGAAGAGGAGUGAAUGCACCUACAUCUCAGUCUUUUCUAAAUUAUGUUCUCCUAGCAUUAGUCUACGGAGGCACUUUACUGUAUCGGAAGAAAGCUCUCAAGGCCAAAUGGUAUUAUUACAUACUUCUUGGAUUGGUGGAUGUAGAAGCAAAUUUUCUCGUGGUGAAAGCUUAUCAGUAUACAUCACUAACAAGUGUUAUGCUUCUGGAUUGUUGGUCAAUCCCGUCUGUCAUAUUCCUUACCUGGAUGUUCUUGAAGACAAAAUACAGAUAUAAAAAAUUUAUUGGUGUUGCUAUCUGUGUUGCUGGUCUAGUGGCGGUUGUCUUCUCAGAUGUACAUUCAAAGGACCGAUCAGGAGGAAGCAACCCAAUUAAAGGAGACCUGCUUGUGAUAGCUGGGGCUACACUUUAUGCUGUCAGUAAUGUCAGUGAGGAGUUCUUUGUUAAAAGUGCAGAUAGGGUUGAGCUCAUGGCAAUGUUGGGCAUUUUUGGCGCGAUCAUCAGUGCUUGCCAAAUAAGCAUACUUGAGCGGAAUGAGCUCAAAUCUAUCAACUGGUCAGCUGGAGCAGCCCUUCCUUUUGUUGGAUUUGCUUUGGCGAUGUUUCUGUUUUAUUCAGGUGUCCCCAUCCUGCUGAAGAUCAGUGGGUCCACAAUGCUAAACCUGUCUUUGCUGACCUCAGACAUGUGGACUGUUUUAAUUCGCAUCUUUGCAUACCAUGAGAAGGUUGAUUGGAUAUACUUCAUAGCUUUUGCUACUGUUGCUGUGGGACUUGUCAUUUAUUCCGGGGUUGAUAGAGAAGAGGAUCAAAAUCGAGCAGAGGUGGCAGAUGAAGAGGCUGAGCGAAGCAAGCACUUUGAUGAGGAGGCUGCGGGGGGCUCCAGAAUUGGGGAUUGCAGCAGCACAACAGACAAGGAGGAGGCUGCAGGAACAUUGACAUCAGGGAAGGACAUUCUGGGAAAGAAUCAUGACUACUCGUAAUUUUGAUUUUGUUUCUGUUUUAGUGGAUUUAAGGCUUCAGGCUUCGGGUAGUGGUUGUUUUUGUGGGACAAGCAACCUUGGGCUCCAAGGAGGGGAUAUGAUUCCUUUGAGAAGGCUAGCUGUUUGUUCAUGUAGCAUAACUGCACCAAACAGGCCAGGAAAGGGAAUCCACCCAAGAGGACAGAACCCAACAACCUGUUCAAGCUAAGUACACUAUCAUCAUUCCCAUAAUAAAUAGGGGGUGUUCCUUUUCGUGUU